AUGCCAGCGUUCAGAGUCGAUUCUGCAAUAGGAAAGACUGCUACUGCUCCACGCCUUACUAACAACGCCACAAUAACUCCGUCUAUUGCUCCUGUAGGCUUUGAGGAAUCGAAACACCAAGAAGCAAGGAAAGGUGCUCUAAAUCCUCUCAAUCGCCAAUGGCUCGCUACAGAUUCCCUCUGUUAUAUCCAUGAGAAAGCGUGGUUCCAUUUGUCAUCUUCAUUUCCAUCGCAUGCUAUUCUAGCUCAGUAG